CCGGCGGCGGCCCGGCCCCGCUGCCCUGCGGGCGGCUCAGUCCCUCGCUGUUGGCCCUCGUCGCUCGUCCCUGUCCCUGACCCGCCGUGCGUCGGUGCUGCCGCGCUUAGGGCACGGAACCCAGCGGGCCCUGCUCGGUUAUAAUUAGCGACCUUCACUGUCCUGGCUGUGCCCAACGCCUGCAGGCACUGGCAGCAGGGAAGGGCCACGCUGGGAAGGGGCUGGCUCUUACCUAGGUAGAUAACCAGAGAUGCAUGGAAUCUCAUUUAGAAUUCAAAUCACUGUGAAAGAACUUCUGGAUACAGAUGUACUUUUAAAGUUGUUAUUUCAUUUACCAGUCAGUUAUCCAUCAACUGUACCAGAUAUUUCUGUUAACUCAGACCAGCUUACAAGGACCCAAUGUAUGGACGUGAAAGAUAAAUUACUUGAACAAGCAAAGAAGCAUCUUUCUGAACCCAUGGUACAUGAUCUGAUUCUUUGGAUACAGCAGCAUCUUAAAGAUGUCAUUAAGCAAUCAGCAACAGUUUGCAGUGAAAAAACUACUUCCUCAAAAGGAACAAGUACAGAAGAUGGUAUCUGGAUGCUCCUUUUGCAUUUAGAUCACAUGAGAGCAAAGGCAAAAUACGUGAAAACUGUGGAAAAAUGGGCUUCAGAUCUAAGGCUGACUGGAAGACUGAUGUUCAUGGGCAAGAUAAUAUUGAUUCUUCUUCAGGGUGACAGGAGCAGCAUUAAGGACUAUUUGAUUCUUCAGAAAACUUGUAAGGUAGAUGUGGACUCAAGCAGAAAGAAAUGCAAAGAGAAAAUGAUGAGUGUACUGUGUGAGACAGAAGUACAAUCACAGCAUAAAAGGUUUCAGACAUUUGAAGUCAAAGAAUACUCAACACUGAAGGAGUUACAAAAGGAAUUUGAAACUGCAGGACUUACAACUCUUUUCUCUGAGUUUGUGCCUCCUCUCUUAAAAUAAAAUUAAAAGAAAACAUGGGACCUUUGACCGAAGCAGUAGUUGACUACAGAUGCUGAUGGAAGAUAAAAGGACUAACGUGGCAAAUGUUAAAGCUUUUCUGCAAAAAGUACCAGAAGUAGUCAUCCUCUUGCAAGAAGAAGGCAAUUCAUACAUUAAGACUCUGUUUUGCAGUCUCUGUUUUUCAAUGUUUUGUUUCUUCUCUCUCAUGGUAGAGUUUGUUGCUAAUGGUCUGCUAGAAAGCAUGAUUAAUUUUGCUUUGGGAGAUUAUAUGAAGAUAUUUCUAUGUAAAAACAUAGCAAACACAGAUUUCAAUAUGUAAGGACAGCAUAUAUUAAUAUUCCUUAGGAGUUCAUUUGCUAACUUUUCAUUCUCCAUUUAAUUGACUAUAAAUGCUAGACUAUUGAUUUGAAGAAAAAGCUUGUGUCCCUUUGGCCCUGAAAAAACUUUUAAGUGUCUUUUUGAAUGUUAGUUUUAAUUCUAAAAUGUAUAAAACCACCUGACUGGAGAAUUUAAAUUCAUUAAAAAGCUAAGGUAAAGCCAAUGGUAAUAUUUGCUUUGAUAGUUUACAGAUUUCUUUUUGCAUUUUAUCUGGUUUUACUGUCUGUGCAUCUUUAUGUAUCUUGAUUCAAUUAAACUGUCAGAGCAGCA